UGAGCUGGUGUGAGGGCGAGUCCACGCACGGGCAUUGCUGAGCUUCGACGUGCAGGGCCCGGGACCCUCAGGUGGGAGGGCAGUGUAACUCACCUGGCUACACAAAUGAGGUGGGGCUGAGCUCUGCUGGUAAACACAGUCUGUCCCAGCGGCUGUGAGCGGUGAUCAAACACCGUGUGGAGCAGUUGUUGGUGUUUUGUUAUCGUUUGUCACGUACAGCUUUAAGAGGCGGAACCGGAAAUUCUCCAAGACAGAAGCAGUCUGCGGACGGAGACGUCCAGAUUAUCCAGCUCCGCGAGGAAGUGCGUCGGUGUGUGUUUCGAUUCUUCAGCUCCAGCCAGCCACCACGUUCGGACACCGACCAGACCGAGGAAUGAGGCCGACACCAUGCUGCUGAUCCUGCUCUACCUCCACGCCUUUUACCGGGUCGCGUCUCAGGCGCUGCCACCUCCACAGAACGUCCAGGUGGAGAAGGGUCAGCUGACGUGGACUCCAGGGGAGCCGGACGUUACCUACACUGUGAAUUACCGCAGAUUUAACUCUGAUGAAUGGGAAGCUCUUCCAGCCUGCAUCCAGACGCAUUUCCAUUCCUGCAACAUAUCAGCGAUCGGGCCGCGCGUCACUAACGACUUGCCUGAGAACAGCUGCGUGACGCUGCGUGUGCAGGCCGAGAGACGGGGGCUGAAAUCUGAGGGUGUUAACGCCUGCAGCAGAUACGGUGACGUCUGCACGCCUCCGUUAAGCAUUUUGACCCGGCCUGGAUCACUCACCGUAUUCCUUAACAAUGACCACGAGCUGGCGAAGGAACACGCCAGCAAUGCCAAGCACAGGAUUUACUUUGGCAGAGAGGGAGAGAGUCCUCUGCAGGUGAGAACACGGAGUGAUUCCUCCAGGUGUUUAUGCUCACCUGAUGUUACAGCAUGUGUCACUGCUGAAACAAUGAAAGGAGCGCUCUUUAGUCAGAGUUUAACAUCAAAACACGUGAACAGGACGCCGAUGAUCGUGGGGCUGCUCAUCUGCAUCGUGGUCAUCGCCAUCAUCAUCCUUGCAUUGGGAUACCUCGGGUUUUUCCAAACUGAGAAAAUCAAACGCUGCCUGGAGCCAUAUAAAUAUGAAAUCCCACCGAAUCCGUUUCCUGGGGAAUUUGAAGUCCGAACAUUUAUUCCCACUGCAGAGCGCUAUGACGACCUCCAGAUCUCUCACGGUAACUACGAGCCCAGAUCAGCACUCUGCCCUCCCGCCGCUGCUUCCUAAACUCUUGGAGAGGCUCCGCCCACUCACAGAGACUCCAUUCAGAGUUUACCAGCAGAGGCGACUGAGUCGCUCACCUGCUCCAGGUGAUGUAGCCGUGCACCAUCUGGGUUAUUUACCUGUGAGCUCCUGAUCUCAGAACAUUUGUGAACUACUCCCAUGAGGACAGCGGGUGGAGUAAAACCGGGAUGGAGCGCAGCGAGCAGCUUCCUGACACUAAUUUUAACCA